CAUCCGUGCUACCGUCCGACCACUACUUACCAUGGCGGGCCAGUGGUCGCAGUACCUCAACCGGUCCGCGCAGGUCUUCAAGGACAAUGUCGGGAAACUCGUCUUCAUGAAGGGCGCGGACCUCCCCUCGCGUGCGCCCCUCCCCCUGCUCGCGCUAAAUACCCCCGAGGACCUCAAGGGUUUUGCAACGGGAUGUGAUUCCGACGUCGGUGGCCGCUCGACCGCGAAGCUCGAGCUCGACACGGAUCCGAAGCGCCUCCUGCCAGGCAAGAGCGCCGUCGGCCGCUUCUGGGGUGAGAUGCGGUUGGACGUGCAGCCCGGUAAGGAGCGCACCUUGCGCAGUGGGUACGCAGGAUUCAGGAGCAUGCCCCGGCCAACCCUCUUCGGCGAAAUGCUGCACAAUGUCAGCUACCACGACUACCUGGCUUUGCGCGUGCGCGCAGGGGGCGACCCGCGGACGUGGAAUUCGUACUUCGUGAACAUCCAGACCGAGGGCGGCUACUCGAAUGAUCUCUGGCAACACAGACUGUACUUCAAGCGCUCGGAUGGUGGCUGGGAAGAUGUAUACAUCCCCUUCGACAAUUUCGUGCGCAAGAACGCGGGCGAGAUCGCGCGCGACCAGUACAAAAUGCCGCGCAACCAACUUCGUACCAUCGGCGUCUCCAUCCUCGGUGGUAACAGCCUCGUCGCGGGGCCGUACGAGCUGGGGAUUGACACGAUAUCUGCGGUCGUGGAGCCUGGGGACAUCCAAGAAGCUCAAUCUGAAAAGGCUUGAACGCCGACCAUUGGAUUUGCCCCAUUGUACUUGUACUAUAUACUAAACUUAUGGAUAAUGGGACUGUCUACUAUUCCAUUGGCCAUGACGUUCGUCAAG